AUCCGGUCUGAGCAUUUUGGUACAGCGCGGCUUCCGUUACUCUUGAGCGCAGCGCACUCCGUUGAAACAAAGUAGCCUGUACAUAUUUAUUUGGACACAAAAUAAACCUUUAUUCGAGAUUUGGCGACACAGUGGUAAGUUAUUAUUUAUCUUUACAUCAUAGAACACAUAAUGAAUCAGUUAUAUAGUACUUAUGAGUGAUAACCUGUCUUAUUUUGUUGGGUAAGCUAACGGCUGUUAGUCAUUAGCUUGUUAGCUUUUGCUACAUUGCUAACAGUGAAUAGGAAUCAUCGAUGGUACAGUGUCCGUUUAGCUUAAUUUAUUGUUAUUUUCUCCUUUACACAUUUUCACAAUAUUUCAACAGCCAGUUAUGUCGUCAGACGCCUUAAAGAAGCGGAAGUCAAAGGUUCUCCGCAGUGAAGGAGGAACCCCUGAGAUGAAGCGGGGUCGUGGAGAGGGGGACCAGCAGGUAAGAGGGCAGCCAGAGGAGGGACUGGUUCGUGAGAGGGACGAGGAGGGUCAAUGCUGUACUGUCUAGAGAGGCGACAGGGUGCUAUGACUUAAACUUAAAAAUAUUUAGUUUUUAUUGACAUGUACAGACAGAUGAUUAUUGUACUUCUAUUCAUUAUGUGAAUGAAGUCAUGAUGGUGGUGAACUGGAGUCUGUUUCAUUAUUGAACAUCUUGAUUAUAAAGCCUUGCUAUACAUCACCAACCGUCACUACAACCUCAAAAAUUCAUGUGAAGAGUAAUUAUCACCUGAAAACGUAGAAAAGUAGAAGUAGAGUUAAUGUUAGAGAUGUUGUUUUUGGUUGCAGUAGACCACAGAGUGUUCAUAAUGUGAAUUGGUAUACUGUAAAUUGAUCAUUUUUGAUACUUCCAGGAUGUGCGGGUCUACAGCGAGGAGGUGGAGCUGGACAGCAGGGACCCUGAGCAGGAUUAUCUACAGUACAAAGAGUCCUGUGAGAGUUUGGCUACACUUAUGAGUGAAAUCCAGGAACUUAAAGCCAGUGGAGCCAAGGAGGGGGUAAGAAGCAUACUAUUUAGAUAUGUGUCUACUUUUACUCUGUUAUAAUUUAUGUUAGCGAUUUCUAGAUGCUUUAGACAAACCACAAACUAUCUGAACUCAGUUGAGUAUAAGUAUAUUCCCCCACUGUAGAAACUUUGUAUAUACAGUUUCAUUGUCAUGCGCAGGUAAAUCUAACACAAUUUACAUUUUAGUACAAACCAUAGACUGUAUAUAGAAUGGACAGUGUCUGCCUCCUUGCUGGGUGAAGCCACUCUAAGAACAAAACACCCUGGCGAUGGGCUGCAGUAUAGGUCAUAAAUCCUGCCUCCUCUAGCAAAGCUUAUGGAGCUGUGGGCAAACUUUAGUAAUUUAUUACACAGAAUAUACAUUUUUCUCCCCCCUGCUUGCGAUGUUGACAUGUAGUUACUGUAAGACUGGUUUGUGCUCCAGUCCUCUUUUUUCUGUGAAGCUCCAUUUUUAAAAGUUAUCAGGGGGUUCAUGUUUUCUAUGACUGACACUUGAUACAGCCUAUGGGCGUACAAAGUUUGUGUAGCUCACCCGAGGGAUACGCUGUUUGAGCCGAGCAUCAUCAUAGGGACUCUCCUUCCGAAUGCAUAAAAUGCUACUGUGCAAGUGGUCAAGGUUUCAGGAAAUGAAGGAAAAAUCGUGGAAAUACCGAGAGCUUUUUGGCUUCAAAUCCGUAUACUGGCGGAAGGCCGAACCAAGUUGUCCAUAGUAUAUGCAGUCUAUGGUACAGACAGACUUUAUUAUUGGCUUCACUUGAAUGAUAAAUUCUAACAAUGUCUUUGUUUUUCAGAGUGCCGAGGUCGAGCAGAGACGUAUGCAGAGCUGCAUCCACUUUAUGAACCUGAAGAAACUCAACCGCCUGGCUCACAUGCGGCUAAAGAGAGGCAGAGACCAGACGCAUGAGGUAACUCCAACAAAGUUCUCAAGUGUUGUCCAACAUUGUGAUAGAUGCAAACACCAGCAUAGGUUUAGUUUGCAGUCCGUUCCUUUGCUGAAGAAGUGCUGCCUGAGCUCCUUUUUUCGCUGAUCAGAAAAGGCAAGUUGAACUGAGUUUUUUUUUAACACUGAACAGCUGCUGCUGCCUCUGUCAGCACAGACAGCUAGCACACCCCCGAUCUGUUUUCAUCCAUCCAUCUAUUUUCUCCCACUUAUAUGGAUCAUGUCACAGGAGCAGCAACCUUAGCAAGUCAACUCAGACCUUCUCUCCCCAGCAAUGUUUCCCAGCUCCUCCUGUAAGAUUCUAAGGCUUCCCUGGCCAGAUGGGAUGGGAUAUAUGAUCCCUACAUCCACCUAUGUACAAAUCUGCAGAGAGGCGUUCAGGGGGCAUUUUUAUAUGCCUGGACCACCUCAGCUAAAUCUUUGUUAUGUAAAGAAAUAGUGGCUCUACUCUGUGCUCCCUCUGGAUGUCCUAGCUGAGACCAGCCACAUUACAGAGGAAACUAGACGAGGGUUGGAACAUAGAUCCUCUGGUAAAUCUGGAAACUUGUCCUUCUGGUUCUAUUCCCUAAUCACCAUUAUGGUCUGGCACAAGGUCUGGGAUCAGCAUGCCUCAGUCCACUACCUUGACCACUGCCCUGCUGUCUCAGCAUCUGACUCUCAGCAUCCAUAUUGUUUUGCUUUUGUUUAUUGCAGGGGUGUGUGUUUGAAAACAAGUCUAAAGCAGAGUUUUUUUUUCUCCUAUCAGGCAAAGCAGAGAGUGGAUGUGUUGCAUCUUCAGUUACAGAACCUGCUGUAUGAAGUUAUGCAUCUUCAGAAAGAAAUCAGCAAGUGUCUGGAGUUCAAGUAAGUCCAAAAUGAUUCUUUUAGAUAAAACUCUGUUUUGAACACACUUGAGUUCGUUUAAAACGAUUAGCCAUCAGAAAUAUAUUCCAAAAAUGAUUUAUAAUCAUGUUAGAAACAUAAAAGCUUUAUACAAUAUGUAAUUUCUUUUUGUCAGAGGAACAUUUAAAGAUAUAAAUUUCAUUAAGUGACAAGUACUUACCUCAUUGUCAAAGGGCAUUUCAAAACAAAAGACUGACACAAUUUUUCUCUGGUGUAGAUCUAAGCAUGAGGAAAUAGACUUGGUGUCUGAGGAGGAGUUUUACCAGGAGGCACCACAAAACAUUUCCAGGCCUCACCUCACCAAAAGUGAUCCCCAUCAACUCACGCUGGCACAGCUUGACUGGGAGCUCGAACAGAGGAAGAGGUAUGCAGACUUAGACACAGCACAGUGCAAGUUUAUCAAGCUGUGUUCACAAAACAGCCUCAAUGGAUUCACUUUUUUCGAAGAAGAAUACAUGUGAGAAUUUAUGUUUGCAUACAGGUUGGCAGAGAAGUACAAGGAGUCCCAGGCCACAAAGGAGAAGAUCCAGAAGAGCAUUGAGGAGAAGAAAGAACAUCUGACAAGCUUGCAGCCAGGACUCAAUGCCAUCAUGCAGGUAAAAUAGCCAUCUGGGUGCCUUAUUGUGAGGGUUAAGAGUCCCAUUUCUUGUUCGGCUUCUUUGAGGUAAAUGUUUGAAUCAUUCAGGAUAGAUAUGCAUCCUGAAUGAAAAUGUACUAAAGGAUGCUUUGUCCUCUUUCUUAGGCCUCUCUGCCGGUGCAGCAGUAUCUCUCCAUGCCCUUUGAACAAACUCAGAAGCAGACAGAAGUCGCCCGUCACCUGCCUCCACCUCUUUAUGUGCUUUUUGUUCAGGCUAAUGCUUAUGGCCAGGCAUGUGGUAAGUAACAAAAAAAAGUAAUAUUUCAUGACAAAUUGAGAUUUAUGAAUGAAACACUUGUUACCAUGUGUGAAUGAUUUCCUUUUGUUCCCUAACAGACAAGAACCUGGGUGUUUCAAUCAGUGGGGAUGUUGAUGAGGCGAAGGCUCUGUCCAAACCUCCAGAGGAUUCUCAGGGUACAAACACACAAUACAGCACAUGCACACAGUAUUUCACUUUACAAUGCUGUACUGUUUACUUUUCUGUUGUUUAUUUCAAGAUGUGAUCAUUUGGAGAAAUGCCCCUUCAAAAAAAUCAUCUUUAAAAUUGUGUUUUUAUCCAGAUGAUGAGAGUGAUUCAGAUGCAGAGGAGGAGCAAGAGAAAACUGUGAGUCUCUGACCUGACUGUGCCCUACACAAUCUCUCUCAUGCACACACACACGCACACUUAUACCCUCAGGCCACAGGGUUCAGCAGUUUCUUGACAUACCCGCCUGUGCUGCAGAAACACAAACUAAAUCCCUGGAGCUCUAGCUGUCACACAUUUUGGUCUGACGGGUUGAAAGCAGCAGCUAUCGAUUGCUUCCUGCAUCCAGAUGAGUGCCAGCUGGAGGACUCUGGGAAAUUUUCCCCUAGAAUGGCGAGGUGACAGUAACCUGAGACCUCAUCCGGCAUGCUCACUCAGCAGCACCAAACAUGACUGGAUUUCUAUCAACUGUUUUGUAAAACCUUUUACUAUUUGUGUACACAGUUCAUCACAAACUAUCUUCUUCGACCUGCUUUCCCCUCCUUUUUAUCUGUAGCUAAAAUGUGACAACAUGUCUAUCAUAUUUCUCCAGCCAGCAAGCAAAUUAUGAUUAUUUUUUAAAGUAUUAGAUAUGUCACGAUAUCAAACAUUCUUUUUGUUUCUUGUUUCCUCUUUUUUUGCUGUCUAACAGAAGAGGAGAAGGCCGACUACAGGAGGCCAGUUGGAUGAUAAAAGACGAGAAAUGUUGAAGAGACAUCCUCUGUCUCUCUGCUUGGAUCUCAAGUGUAAAGGUAACUCGCUCUACAUUCUUAAUGAUAUACAUUAUUUAUGCAUCUAAAGGCUUUUUUUGUUCAAAGGAGGCAGACACAUCGCAUUUCCCGUCAUGUAACCAUAGCUGCUCUGUCUAUUGAUGGAACUCUGAACCGAUCAGAUAGGUGUGAAAAGAAUGAGUGACCCGCUCUGUCAUGUCAUGACACCACUUGACCCUCUUGUUCCCUCUACUGGCAACAAAAGGAAUAGUGACUGACUAAAAGGAGAUCUGCAUUGCAGGCGUGACUCUUCCUAAAGAGGGAGGAGGGGGGGAAAGGUGAGGGGAGUGUUUGCAGCAAUGUAGGUCUGCAGCAGCUAUCAGAAACAGAGCGCGUUUUCUCAUCUCUUGCUCUUAUUUCCAGUUCAUUUCCCUGAGGCAAUCCGUUUACUGCAGCAAAAGCAAAAGCUGAGUAGCCCAGGUGUCUGUGAGUGACAGUGUGUCUCUGAGUUCAUGAUGACUGCAGACAGUGGAGUGUGAAAGAUGACCAUCAGCAUAGUAUGUGUCCCCUGGGUGCUGCUCUCUACUAAUGUGACCAGACUGUGUUAUUGCCCUCAGAUAUGUUGCAGACAGAGUAAAGUAAACUCUGGGGGCUGUUAACAGGAAGGAUUAAUGAAAAGAGAGGGGCCGAGGGGUGUAGACUUAAGCAGAUAAGGAUUAGUCCGUCACUGUGUGCUAUCUAUCAUGUCCCCACAGAUGGCAGUGUCCUCCACCUCUUCUUCUACUACCUGAUGAAUCUGAACAUCAUGACUGUAAAGACCAAAGUCUCCACCUCUUCAGAUCUCAGCACAGCCAUCAGCGCCGGGUACGCAUUGAUCAAAGCAUUUGUCUCCCUCUCUCUCUGUGUUCCCAGCAGAGAAGUCUAAUAAUAUCCUCUUUUGCAGGGAUCUGCUGAAGUCAGAAACUCUGCUCAGUUGCCUCUACACCAGUGACCACGGACGAGAAACACCAAACCCAGCAAACCGCUACCAGUUUGAUAAAGUUGGGUGAGUGUGUCACAUGAUUCAGUUGGAAAUAAUUUGACUGUACGUGAUCAAUCUCAGCUGAUUUAACGCUUGAUUUUCUUUCAGUAUUGUUAGCUUUGGUGAUUAUUUGGAGGAGCUUGGCCACCCCUACAAGUGGGUGCAGAGUCUGGGUGGACUUCAUUUUCCAAAUGAUACUUCAGAGGUGCGUAUUAAAGUCAAAAAUGAUCCCAGUUAAGCCGAGUUAAUUUGUCGUACAGCCGUAUGAUGCUAGUUCAUGAUUUUGAUUCGUCAGAGUGUACGCGUGGGCAGCUCGCUGAGCGCCAGCAUAAUGGAGAGCACCAUGAAGCUGCUGAGGGGCCGGGUCCAGUCACGCUUGGCGUUGCAGAAACAGUUUGCGUCGUUAGGUAUGUAAAAUCUAAACGACCACACAUUCAGUACUCCUGUAGAGGACUGAAGAAAGCUUGUCUAAGAGGUAUUGUGUUCGUGUGUGUGUGUGUGUUUUCAGAGCACAGCAUGAUCCCUGUCUCCAGUGAGUGUCAGCACCUCUUCCCUGCCAAGAUCAUCUCUCGUUUAGCUCGCUGGAACACCAUCGCUUACGAAGAGUACAUGGUAAACACAUCUGAACACAGUUUAAAUCACCUGCUCUUAAAAGAUGUGUUAAAAUUGCACAUUUCAAAGAUAUUUACCUUUUUUUCCUUUUGACAGCAUUUGCCGUACACACGUCAUGUGACUGAAGCAGGGCUUGCAAAGGAGACUGAUCUCUACUUUAUGGCUGUGGUGGAGAGGGGCACAGGUAAAUGUUAUUUUUGAUUUUAGAAUUGACCGAUUUUGGACUUUUAUCUUUCUCUUAAUAACUAAGGGUGAUUUUUUUACUUCCUUAGCUCGCCUCCAGGCCGCUCUGGUGCUGAGUCCCCGUUACCCUGAAAUCUCUCCCCUCUUCUCCCUCUCUCUCAUCUGGAAGGGAGAGCGCAGUGGACGCACUGACGACAACCUCAGAGUACAAAUACAUUUUAUUAUUGAUCACUAAUCCCUCAACUGUGCAAGCUCCUUUGGCAUCAUUAUCAGGCUCUUAAGUGAAUCAUCUGUUUGUGUGUUGUUGUUGUUUUUCAGGCCAUGGAGAGCGAAGUCAACGUGUUCAAAAAUGAGUUGCAGGGACCACGGCCAGGACACCAGCUCCUGACCAAUCAGAUUUCACGUCUGUGCGUCUGCUUGGAUGUUUAUUUGGAGACCGAAGGACAAGACGAUGGCGUGGAGGGACCAAGAGAAUUCCCCCGAGAAAAAAUGUGUUUGCGCACUGUCAGGUACACCGUGACAAGAGGCACUUCCCGGGCUCUGUCUGAAGAUGUGGUCAAACACCUUUCUUAAAUGCCUAAAUAGAUGUACUGUUUGUCUGACAUCGCUUUUCCUCUCUUUCUCUCUUCCUCAGGGGCCCAAACCGUCUGAAGCCAUUCAAGUACAACCAUCCUCAGGGCUUCUUCAGUCACCGCUAAACUUGUAAUAUACUCCUUGAACUCCCUGAAGUUUACCUUUGUGUCUCUUUGAACCACAAAGAAUCUCUUUUUAAGUCUUCAUCCCACUUUGGAAAUAAAAGAACUCAAUUAUUUUCUUGAAUGAGCGUAUCUGAUUUAUUCAAAGCUGUUGCAUCCAUGCUUUGUUUUCCCUCUUUCCCUCUCUCUCCACUCUUACCUCUCUCUGUGCCGC